UUAAGCGCGGGCAGCGCCGGGCUGCGGAGCUGCGGUGCGCGGAGCGGAGGUGAUGGGAGGCGCGGGGCCGCGGUGAGCCGCCGCAUCCCGGUGAUCCCGCAUCCCGGUGAUCCCGCAUGCCGGUGAUCCCGCAGCCCGGUGAUCCUGCAUCCCGGUGAUCCUGCAGCCCGGUGAUCCCGCAUCCCGGUGAUCCUGCAGCCCGGUGAUCCUGCAUCCCGGUGAUCCUGCAGCCCGGUGAUCCCGCAUCCCGGUGAUCCCGCAUCCCGGUGCUCCUGCAGCCCGGUGCUCCUGCAGCCCGGUGCUCCUGCAGCCCGGCGUUCCCGUAUCACGGCAUUCCCGCAUCCCGGUGAUCCCGGUGCCGGCGCUCGUUCCCCGCUCGGUUCGCCCAAGGCCGUCGCAUCCCGGAGCAUCCCCCGGGCAGGGACCGGUGACCUUGGCGAGCGCGGCCGCUGCCACGGCGAGUCCCCGGCGGCUCGGUGCUCUCCAACCCCUGUGGAGCUGAAGAUGGACGUGAAGAGGGUGAAGGACUACCUGUACUGGCUGUACUACCAGUACCAGCUGGUGACGUGCAGCUACGUGCUGGAGCCCUGGGAGCAGUCCAUGUUCCACACCAUCACCGUCACCGUGCUGGCCAUGGUGGUGUACACUGCCUACGUCUUCGUGCCCAUCCACGUCCGCCUGGCCUUGGAAUUCUUCUCCCAGAUUUUCGGCUCCCAGCCCGAGAGCGCGGUGCUGAACUGAGCCGGAGCCAGCAGGGCCCGGCAGCUCUCGCAGCUUUGUGAAAUGUUUGUGUUCCAGUUUGGCUCUUGGGAAAACCCUGCUUGCUUCACCUCCGGGGCUGGAGAGCAGAGCGAGGCACCGAGCACAGCCCCCCUUCCAUGGACACUCUGGGAAUGGGACACGGCCGCUGGAAUGGCACAGGAUCCAAGGAUCCCGGCAGCUCCCACCCCCAGCAGCCUCAUCCAACCACUCUGGUGAGACUUUUGGUGGCUCAUCACACCCAAAGUUCUACCAGCACAGUCCUGUGGGCAGGCUAGAGGAGAUAGAAAAUGAGGAUAUCCCGCAGGAUUGGAGUGCUCCUGUCUGGCUGAUUCCAGGCUUUCAUGGAUGGGAGAGGAACUUGGAAGAGAAAGCAACAGGAGGAUGAACUUAAAUCCAGCUUUUUUCACAUCCAACUUUCUGCAUCAGAUGGUCUAAAAUAUUUUCUUUUGGAAAAAAAAUUCUCCACCUCAUCUUGCAGUUUAGUGAGGAUGACAGGAAGAAGCAGCCCUGCUCUGUCUCGGUGCCCUCCUGCCUUCUCUGAUGAAAAUCAAAAUCUUUUCUUGCUGCUCCCACUCACCAGCACCAGGGGAAGAGGAUCCAGAGUGGAAAUAAUAUUUUAAUACCUGCAGGGAAGGCUUAAAGAGAUCUCCUUUACAAAGAAGAAAUUAGAUUUAUUACCAUUGCCCGUGGGGAGGUUUUGGAACAAUGGGAGGUUUGUUCGGUUUUCAUUCGACACAAAUCAAAGGUGGAUGCCAAAUCAUAAAUUACAGCUGCACACUGCACGUCUCUACCAGCUGAUGCUCCUGUUAGUAGAAGUGAGAGGUGCAAAAUGUAAAUAGCUUUCAAAUGAUGUUUGCACAGUUCUAGAUUUAAAAAAAACAAACAAAACAAAAAAAUAAAAAACCCUCUUAACUUCUUUCUCAAGCUGCAGUGGGGUCCUGCAUGCUUCAAAGCACAAGUUGGUUUGGAAACGAAGACAUGUGGUGAAGGUUGCCCAGAUCUGAACAUGUGUAUGCAGUUUUUUCAGCCAAAAGAAAUAAAAUUUUAUUCUUCAGAAACGA